AUGGAAAGCUAUGCCAUCCCAACUGUUCGUACCGACCCAAGUGAAAUCAUACUACAUGUUGGCACGAACGAUCUUCGCGACAGAUCUUCUCCGGAAGUCGCAGAAGAUAUUAUAAAUCUGUGCGAAGACAUAUCGCAGAAUACCACAGCUAGUGUAACCAUUUCGGGCCUCACCCAUAGAACAGACGAGCCAAGCAUGGGGGACAAAGUAACCGAAACGAACAGGAUUAUCAAGUCAUUUGUAAGUGCCCGUGACUUAAGUUUUAUCGACAACAGCAAAAUAGGAAGCAGUAUGCUGAACAGUAGUGGUCUGCACCUAAAUCAGAAAGGUAGCGCAGCACUUGCUAAGAAUAUUUUCAAUCAUAUUAGUAAUUGUUAUUGAGUUAAAGAAGUCAACAGUUUUUUGCCUGAAUGUGAACGAAAUUGUUAUGAUGAUAUGACCUCUGCCUUGAAAGUAAGGGGCUUCAAAAUUGCGAGUAUUAAUGUUGCAAGUCUCCCGCUGCAUAUUGAAGAGCUUCGACUAAUUAUGGCUGAUCAGUGUCUUCAUCUGCUUGCUGUUAAUGAGACUAGACUCGAUUCUACAAUAACUGACAAUUUGGUUCAUACUGACGGCUACUCGAUCCUAAGAAAGGAUCGAAACCGUAAUGGCGGCGGCGUGUGCAUUUAUCUUCGAUCGAAUAUUAAUUAUUGCCUUAGAAAUGAAAUAUUUCCCAGAAAUGAUUUUGAAAUGUUAAGUGUUGAUAUUAAAAAGCCUAAUAGUAAAGCUUUUAACGUAACUGCGGCCAACAGGCCCCCUAGCUGUACGGUAGGCUUCUUUGAAGCUUCGGAAACUAUUGUUCGCAUUAUUGAUAUGGAAUCUAAGGAACAAAUAUCUUAG